AUGUCGAACCACAAAAGGAAAAUCCAGGAUACCGACGAUGCCACAUUGCUCCCGCCUUUAAAGCAGUCCAAAGUCGAAGAUAAAGAAAAUAACAAAACUAGGGUAACCCAGUACACGUUAUCUCUCGAAACGUCACCUGCAGAGCCCUCUCCAGCCAUUGGACAACCGCAGCAACUUACUUGUUUCUCCUACACUCCAAACCGAGAGCUCCGUUUUGAUAGUUCCGCUCUUAAAUACUACGUGCCUGCUCCUAUAAAUGCCGACCUAGGUUACCGUUAUGAACAUUGGACUAAGCGUCCAGAAGAACGAGGCCGGAUCGACAGUUUAUUGCGAGCCAUAGGACAAGAUCACAUUGUUGGAGAGCGUAAGAAGGGGGCUUUUAUAUGUUGGAGAGGAGUCAUGACAAACUGCAUUUAUGCAGAAGAGCAUACGACCGAUACCGCCCUCGCUGAAAAGGAGAAUAUGGCCCCUCGACAACGCCGCAUGACGUACUAUGGUUAUUCCUUCGAGUCAUUCAGCACAUGGGAGGAACCACUGCAACGAAAGGAGCAACAUCUAGAAAGAGAUAGAACCAGAUGUUGGAGCGGUGACGUUGAUACCAAUGUACAGUUUUGCAGCGUUGUGAAAACAAAGAUAGGCGCAGAACGAAUGAUUCUGGGUGGAGAGGUAGAUUGUUGUAAAGAUCGGUAUACUGGACAACCAAACACGUAUGUUGAAUUAAAGACAAGUAUGGUAAUUCGUAAUGCUCAAGACGAAGAGCGUUUUGAGCGCAAACUACUCAAGUUUUGGGCCCAAUCCUUUCUGUUGGGUGUACCAGAAAUUGUAGUAGGGUUUCGAAGUCAUCAAGGCCGUAUAACAACUCUUCAAACUUUUGAAACCCUAGCACUACCACGUAUGGUGCGAGGAAAACCGGCGCUUGGGAUCCCAAACCGUGCCUCUUAUUUGCUGAAAAACAAGGAUGCCACUGAUAUCUCAUCUAGUCCGACCAGCGCUAGGAGGCCUGAAGAGGUGGAGAACAUGGAUGUAUGGAGGUUGGAGAUUAGGCCUGGUACACGUAUGGUAACGCUGUACAAACUUGAGCCAACCGAAGUUGAAGAAGUAGUCAAUGAUGAAGAUCGAGUGGGAUUCUUGCCAACUUGGUUCUGGAAUGCAGUUACUGAUAAGGUGUAG